ACUUCACAUCACGGCUCCGAUCGACAGUCGUGCUUAUUGAUCCACUCGAGUUUGCCUUCUAAAGAGAAAUAUAUCGCCUAUUGGCAACAUCGGUUUUCUGAUGCUUACCGGUCAAAAGCGUUAUUUUCCAAAUAACUGGCAACUCCUGACCUCGGAUGGCCGAAUAUUUAACUGCUGCAGGGGUGAGAAAACUCAAAUUUGUACAGAAGUCAAAGCGGUCGAUCCUAUCCUAAUGCGGUAUUAGUCAUAAUUACAGUAAAGUUGUAUGGAAAAAAAUUUUUUUGAGUCUUAGAACCUAAAAACUCUGGUUGGGAAGACAUGGUCUUGUGGCCCAAACAAAUGCGCUGUCCAAAAUCUCUAGAUCGCACCUUCGGUUCUGAGCCUCCAGUUAACUUCGUUGGUCUUGUCUUAGAUAAAAAAUGAGGACGGGCUCUAUUUAAGACCUUGUAAAAUCUGGUUGUGAAAGCAUCCCCAGCAGCCCUGCGUUGUUCUGUUCCAGUAUUUGCUCGCGCUCAUUGUCUGGGGCAUCGGGGUGUUAGGGGAUUACUGAAAGGUGUUGACUCAGGUGUGUGUGGCGGCGGUGCUGUGCGCGUGCAGUUGCCAGGUCUCUGCAGCGCUAGUUCAGAGACCAGCGUCGAUUCUCUGCCUGGUCUCCUUAAGUCUCGCUACCCCGACCCCUUGCCAUGUACCCUUGUUGUGCGGCCUAAAAAGUCAAGCAUGGAUAUCGGGGGGCUGACCACCGUGGUGGCGAAUUCCGCUUAUAUCAACGCCCGCGGCAGCAUCGAUGGAUCCAACCCGGCGGCUGCUCGAGACAAGAAGUACCAUUCCCGGCUCAAGCUGCCUCACAUUACCGUGUGCGAGGGACUGAGAGACACGCUGGAUUUGGCCUUUGACGGCGUCUGCGUGGAGCAGCCCAUCGGGAAACGCCUCUUUCGGGAGUUCCUGGACACCAACCAAGAGUACCAGGGUGCAUGUCGACUCUGGCGGGACAUAGAGGACUACGACCUGGCGGAGGAUUCGGACCGAGCCAAGAAGGCCGGUAAGAUCGUCCAGCGCUACAUGGAUGCCGGCGCCAAAUAUUUCUGCCCGUUCCUGUCCGAGGGCAUCAUAGCCAAGGUGAAGGAGGCCCAAGAAGCCGUAGGCGACGACCUGUUUGCAGAGGCUUUGUCCACAACUCUGGACUACUUACGAGAGGCGCCUUACGUGUUCUUCCUGGAGAGCAUGUACUUGAAGAGGUUCCUCCAGUGGAAGUGGCUGGAGAUGCAGCCCAUGGACGCGGACUGGUUCCUGGACUUCCGCGUGCUGGGCAAAGGCGGCUUCGGCGAGGUGUCCGCGUGUCAGAUGAAAGCCACGGGGAAGCUUUACGCCUGUAAGAAACUGAACAAGAAGCGACUGAAGAAACGGAAAGGCUAUGAGGGGGCGAUGGUGGAAAAGAGGAUCCUGGAGAAGGUCCACAGUCGCUUCAUCGUGUCGCUAGCGUACGCCUUCCAGACGAAGGAGGAGCUGUGUCUGGUCAUGACCAUCAUGAACGGGGGAGAUCUCAAGUACCACAUCUAUCUGGUGGAUGAGAACAAUCCGGGCUUUGACGAACCCAGAGCCUGUUUUUAUAUAGCUCAGAUCAUCCAAGGCCUGGAGCACCUGCACCAGAAGAGAAUCAUCUACAGGGACCUCAAACCUGAGAACGUGCUCCUCGAUAACGACGGGAACGUUCGCAUAUCUGAUCUGGGUCUCGCUGUGGAGUUAAAAGAAGGCAAAACUUUGACCAAAGGCUACGCCGGCACACCAGGCUACAUGGCUCCAGAGAUGCUGAAAGGGGAAAAGUACGACACGUCCGUCGACUACUUCACCCUGGGCGUGACACUGUUCGAGUUCCUCGCCGCCAAGAACCCCUUCAGGAACAGAGGAGAGAAGCUCGAGCGCGAGGAGAUGAAAGAGCGGAUGCUGACCCGGGAGGUGGUCUACACGGACAAGUUCGGUGAGAAUGCCAAGUCCCUGUGCGACGGGCUGCUGGCGAAAGAAGUCAACGAGAGGAUGGGCUUCAAGAACGGCUGCUGCGAUGAGAUCAGGUCGCACCCCUUUUUUCGAGACGUCAACUGGAGGAAGCUGAACGCGGGGAUCCUACCGCCCCCAUUUGUUCCCGACCCCAGAGUGGUGUACGCCAAGAGCCUGGACGACGUGGGGGCCUUCUCCUCGGUCAAGGGCGUCGCCCUGGAAGACCCGGACAGGAGCUUUUUCGACGAGUUCUCCUCGGGCAACAUCGCCAUCCCCUGGCAGGAGGAGAUGAUCGACAUGGGCGUCUACGGCGAGCUCAACCUGUGGGGCCCCGAGGGGGGCGUCCCCAACGACCUGCGCCGGGAGUCCAUCCUGGAGCAGCCCAAGUCGUCCACGUGCUGCGUGUCCUAGUGGCGGAAAUGCUCGGGAUCGCUUCUUGCCUGACUUUUCUUUUGUGGGCCCGCGAGACCACGGGAGCGACCUGGAGGCGGCUCUCUGACCAGGAACGCCAAUCAAUAUUAUGUUAUUAAAGGGGAGUUUGCAAAAUUAAAAUAAAUUAAAAAAAAAUAAUAAUAAAUUGCUUCAAUUUGAUGGGACAGUAGCGCAUGAUGAAUAAUUAAAAAAAAAAAAAAAACGCCAUCUUUAGUCAAUUUUGUGACCUUUUUAUACCGGAGGAAAGCCAACCAAUCAGAAUCAGAGUCAGUGGGUGUGGCUUAUGAGUUGUCAAUCAUUUUUCUCACACUCACCAGCGACCUCACGGUGCCCGAACUGUGACCCUGUUACCCCAGAAAAACACUUCAUUCCUAACUUUCAUGACGUGCAAAUGCACAACUGGAUUUGCGAGGAGACUGGGUAGACCUGGUUUUGGUAGUUUCGUGGACACGCAACAAAUUGGAACAUCUGUGUUUUCAAUUUGAAUAUUCAUUUUUUUUCCUUUUCUUCUGCCAGGCCGCUAGGGUGGAUGGAGGACAAAUGCUUGACGCCUUGGAAGUCACGCCUUCCAUCUCUGAUUUGGUUUUUGGUUUCUUGCAUAUCAAUUUGAGGCACGAGAAUUGGAGAGAUAUAGCAGAUUAUUAUUAUUAUUUUUUUCUUCAGAGAUGUUUAUACAGACUGAGCAAUAUGAAAGUGUUUUUGGGGUCCAAUUGUAACCUCCCCUGCAUUAACCGCCUCAUUAUUGAUGUUUCUUGUGCUCCACUCAUCCAAAACUUUAAUCGUAAUUAAUUUUGAAUCUUAAAAGUAGUGUUUUUGUUCUUUAGCUCAGUGGUGUCAUCCAUCAAAUCAGAUUUAUCAAACUGGAAAAAAAAAAUACAGUACAGUAUAAAACGAUCACUUUGAAUUGGUAAUCUUAGGCUGAAAGCACCCAUUACGGCGCUAAAU